GCUGAACCGAUCUACACCAUUUGAGGAAGAAUCACGUCGAAGCUAAGAAUUUUUAAGUUUCCAAUCAGAAAAUAAAGAAAAUUUAAUAAGCAACUAAUAAAAAAAUAAUAAAAGCCAUAUAAAAUAAAUGUAAAGUGGAUCCAAAAAAAAACUAAACCAACUAAUAGCUGAUCUACUUAGGUAUUUCACAAGUGCAUAAAUAUCUUUAUCUUAUCAUUGAUUUAGCCAGAUGCAAGUAUCGGUUUAUUCUCCAGAUAUUAAUCACCAGUUGGAGACGAAGAAAAUAAAAAUUAAAUAAACAUAUAUGCAGAAAACUCAAAAUCACAACUAUUGGGUAAAACCAACCAACCAACGAAAAGCUCUGAUUCAUCAGAAGAAUUUCGCAAGGGCUCCUCAUUAUUUAUUUGAGCGGAUGCAAGAGCAUGUAAUUUGAAUAUACAUAUGUAUGUAAAUCGGGAUGCAAGUGCACAUAUAAUAUAGAUACAACUGUUGGAUUUUUUGCAGUAGUUAAUCAGCAUUUGGAAGUGAAGAAUCACAAAAUAUGAUCGCCAAUGAAAACAACACCGGAAUCCGGUCAAUAAAAAUUACCUCAUACAACAUCCGCGGUCUAAAAGGGAAGCACAACGACAAGGAGUUUAUUGAAUACCUGGCUAAUUUUGAUAUUUACAUUUUACUGGAAACCCACACACUUCCGGAUGCGGAAGCCUUUAGGGAGUUUGAGAGUCAGCAGCCGGACUACGAAAUCUUGCCCUGGAAAGAUGCAACCAGGGAACUUCGAUACGGCAGAGGAGUCGGUGGAUGUGUAAUUGCAAUCAGGAGGUCCCUGGUUCAGUUCGGGAUAACCCACACAGCUGUGGAAACAAAUGGCUUCAAAAUUCUACAGCUGUGUUUUCGCCGUGAGAAAGUGAACAUAUUUCCGCUCUACAUUCACACCAAUAAAUGGGACACCGAAUUCGGACCAGUGAAAAGCGCCUUUGAAAUGAGGGAAAUUCCGAUCGAGAACGCAAUAGUCUUGGGCGACGUAAACGUCCGAAUUGGCGAGAUCAAGCAGGCUGUGGAACCCUAUCCAUGUGUCGCCAACACCAACGGUCGCCGAUCCACAGACAAAAAGAUCGAAAGGGGCAGCAAGUUCCACUCCUUUUGCCUUCAGAAUGAACUCACUAUUGUGAAUGGAUUGACGCACGGGGACUCAGAGGGAAGUUACACCUACUUCAGCGGAAGGGGCAACUCGACAAUUGAUUUGGCGGCCGUUAGCCGGAAUCUGAUGCCUUCAAUCGUUGACUUCAAGGUGGACAAGCCAGAGGUGGGCCCAACCCGACAUGGAUCAGAUCACCUGCCCAUUUGUUUGGAAAUCAAUCUUGACUUCCCGAGAAAUCGAAUCGCCAGAGGUUCUCCCUCCCAAAAUUUGGUCAGGUUCAAUUCCAACAUUUUAGUGACCGAUGCAACCUUAGACUCUGCCAUAAAAGCCGAGGAAGUGUUAUUUAUUCUCAGACGCGCCUCCUUCCCUCAGCUUUCGAGAAACGCAUUGCAAGAUUUUCUUACUGAAAUAACUAUUCGAUGUGAUAGGCUUUUUAACAGAUGUGAUGCCAACCAAACCAUUGGCUCGACCAUUCUGUCUUUAUCCGAUCUUAAGAAGAUUUUGCUCAAUAUAGUACUCAAGAGGAUUAUUAUGUGGUGCGGGAAGAACCGUAAGAUAAGUGAUUUUGAGAUAUAUACCUCGACCAAAUCCUCCAAGCUGGACUUUGUCUACAACAUAUAUAACCUUGCCAGCAUCAAGUUGGCGGAUAAAGGAAAGGUAUAUUCCUAUUUUGUUCACUUUGGAUCGAUAUCCCCAGAGAUUCAGAGAGAUCUCUUGUGGUACAAGCUUCAAAGUUUGGGAGUGUCGUCGAAAAUAAUAAAAUACUUAAGAGAUGUUUACACGCAGAAGCAUUGCGAAGACGAACUAAGGGAUUACUUUCAAAAUGACCGUGGAAUCUUGACAGCACUUAUGAUGACCCUCUACCUAAACGAUCUCCCCAAAGAUUUAAAGGGAGGACUGGUCAUCGAUGGUCGCAGGAUAGGGAUCCUAAUGCAUUCUGGUAGGAUUGCCAUUUUCUCGGAAAGUGCCAAAGAGCUCCAAGGUAUGAUUGACCACCUGGAAGAAUACUUUAGAAGAUGGGCCUUGGUGGUCGACAUGGAAAGGUCAAAGGUUAUGGUUUUCAAGCAAGCCGGCCGAAUUCCCGCAUCUGAACAAUGGUUCAUAGAAGGAAAAGAGAUUCAAACAACAUCCGAGGUAGAAAUUUUCGGAUUUAUUUUAUCACCCACGCUUUUAGCCAAAAAACAAGUGCUCAAAAUGGUUUCAGAAGCAAAGAAUAAUUUCGAGAAUUUCAGAAGCACGGAUGAAUCUUGGAUACGAUUAAUGGAAAUGCAUAUGGCGCAGAUUUGGGGGAGCGAACAUUUUGAAGAGAUUAAUGCCCUGCAAAAAUGGUUUGCAAAGAAAAAAGAAAGUGGUGCUAAAUGGAAUGGCACUGACCUAAACACUCUGGCUCGGGAUCUUCAUCUAAAAUAUAUCGGAUCGGUACAUUUUUCUCGGAGCGAAAGUUCCCUGAUCCAUUAUCUCAAUCUUAAGGUUAUGGAAAGAAAUGUUUUGUGGGCAGAGCACUUGGACGAAUUCUGCAAGCCAUUGAGAAUGAAGUGGAAAAGCUUUUUGAACUCAGAAGAGGAGUGGAACGAAUUUCGGUUAAAGGUGAUCAGCCGCCUUUAAGUAAAACGCAAAACAGAUUUACUUUUUUUUUUAACGAUCCAUUUUUGUAUAAAAUUUAAGCAAAAAAAGUUGUUAUUCUAUUUAUACAAAAUUUGUACAAUAAAUAUUUAUUUGUUUUAAUUAUUUUUAUGAUCUAAAUGGAAAUAUUUUACUCCAAUUGGAAAUCUGGAUAUUCGAGGCUUGAUUUAACUUAGCCUUUUCUUAUCUUCACUAGACAUUGCAACAGUUAGUAGAAAAUGUAAUCCAAUUUGACAAAUUGUAUAUCUUUUGAUUGAUAUUUUAUUUCUAUAGUUUGAUUAAAAUUUUAAUUUGUAUUGCUUAAGGACUUUUUCAUCCUGCAGAAAACGCGAAAACCGGUUUGGAAGAAUUUAGCAUGCAUUGUCGGUUAAAUAUUUUUGAUCAGCAUCUUCAUCCGAGUCGAUAUAUGUACCUACGUCAGUCUGUCCAUCUGCCUGUUUCUACGCAAACUAU